CUCCCCUCCCCGAGUAGGGGUUGCCCUCCCGACAUAUAAAGGAAGGGGGCGCGACGCAACAACAGCCCCCCCCCGCUGUCCCGGGAGCGCCUGGCCCGGGGCGGGGGUGAGAACCGCCUUUUUCCCCGGGGCGAAGUUCGGCGCGCGCCCGGAGCGAACGCGAAACUCCCCUCAGUCGCUGCGGGAGAAGCUGCUUCGGGGGGAGCCCUUGCAAUCCCCCCAAAUCGCGAGGCGGGCGGCAAGGGUCCCCCCGUCGGCGGGAGGGGAAGGAGAGUUAUGGAGGAGGCGGAGACGUCGCCGCCCAGCUGCGAAAUCUUGGUGGCAGACAGACUAUAUUUUGCUACUUUACGAAACCGACCCAGAAGCACAGUAAACACGCACUAUUUCUGUACGGAUGAGGAGCUUGUUUAUGAAAAUUUUUAUGCAGAUUUUGGACCUUUAAAUGUGGCUCUGGUACAUCGAUUCUGCUGUAAACUAAACAAGAAAUUAAAGUCAUUCAGUCUUUCAAGAAAGAAAAUAGUAUAUUAUACCAGCUUUGACCAGCGGAAACGAGCAAAUGCCGCAUUUUUGAUAGGUGCAUAUGCAGUAAUCUCCUUAAAGAAAACACCGGAGGAAGCUUACCGAAUACUUUUAUCCGGAUCUAAUCCACCAUAUCUUCCAUUUAGGGAUGCCUCAUUUGGGAACAGUACAUAUAAUCUAACUAUUCUGGAUUGUCUACAAGGAAUAAAAAAGGCCUUACAGCAUGGAUUUAUUGACUUCAAGACAUUUGAUGCAGAUGAGUAUGAGCAUUAUGAGCGAGUUGAAAAUGGCGACUUCAACUGGAUCGUCCCGGGAAAAUUUUUGGCAUUUAGUGGACCACAUCCAAAGACCAAGAUAGAAAAUGGCUACCCUCUCCACGCACCGGAAGCCUAUUUCCCAUAUUUCAGGAAACACAACAUAACAACUGUCAUAAGACUCAACAAGAAGAUUUAUGAGGCAAAGCGUUUCACAGAUGGUGGGUUUGACCACUACGACCUGUUCUUCAUAGACGGAAGCACGCCGAGUGACAGUAUAUUGCAACAGUUCUUGACCAUCUCAGAGGAAGCAGAAGGUGCCAUAGCUGUGCAUUGUAAAGCUGGGCUAGGAAGAACAGGGACACUGAUAGCCUGUUAUAUAAUGAAGCACUAUAGAUUCACACAUUCUGAAGCCAUUGCCUGGAUACGAAUGUGCAGGCCAGGUUCUAUUAUUGGACCCCAGCAGCACUUCCUUGAAGAAAAGCAGUCGAUGUUAUGGCUCCAAGGUGACCUCUUCCGAUCCAGACAGAAACCAAGAUUAGUAGAUGAAGACAGCAUGAGCAGAAUUCUGUCUGGCUUCGAUGACAUUUCCAUCAGUGGGACUUUGAAUAAAAUAGAAAGUAAUUUGGAUAAAUAUGUAGAGAAUGAAUUGGAAGACACUUCAGAGCAGGAAAUAAAGAAUGGCAUGACACAGGGGGACAAACUUCGUGCCUUAAAACUUCGGAGGCAGCCACGUUCAGCUACAACAGGAACUCUUAGGCUUGAGGAUAUGAAACUGCACUCCAGGUCCAGGUCCCAGCCUUUCAGACUGAAUACGGCAUCUAUCUCUCAGGGAUCUGUAUCUCCUUUGAAGUCCUCCAAAGUGGCCGCUGCUACAUCACCUGCAGCGAAGAGAAUAAGCAGAAGUUCUCAUUCCUCCUCAAGCCCAAAUUUUAAAAGCACUUCCAUAAACUCCAGGCUAGCCAGUUCUCUAGGGAACCUGUAUGCCGCUUCAGAUGAUGCCGAGAGCAAAUUGACAUCAUCGUCCUCUAGGACAGGUUAUUCUGUAAACCAAAUCUGCAGUCACUUGAAUGGCAGCGCGCACCUGCCUGCCAGAAAUUACCAUGAGCAGAACAACAACAUGUACAACAGGAGCGGCAGUAGCGCUACCAACCUCAACAGCUAUGCCAAUUCUCCCAGCGUCCUGACAGACGAGUACAGCACCUACAGAUCCUUUACGGGGCUCGCUGCUUCUCCAGCAAGAUACCUGAGUCGCUCAAUUCCUUCCCUUCAGUCUGAAUAUGUUCAGUACUAAAGCCUUGUUGCUUCGGUGAAAGCUGGACAAUUCUUAAAAUUCGGUUCUCUUCGAGAAGAGCAAUGUUGUGGGGAAAACAACCCGCCCAAGGGGACGAGGCCUCUUCACAGACGAUUAGAGCUAAAGACACCAAAAUCUCUGAAUUACCUAAAGACUUCAGUUAGUGACUACUACGAACGCACUGAAGUUAAAACUUACGACUAGUACAAUUUUGUGUAUAGAUGCAAGAUUUUAAAAUGGAGAAUAUUUCUAAUGGAUUUUAGCAAUAUAUUUGUAAUUAUGGUUCUCGAUAACAGUGUUAUUAUAAUGUGUGUAUAUAAGUAUAUAUAUAUAAAUAUAUAUAUAAAUAUAUAUUGAGUAAAAUAUUUUGUGUGUAUAUAAAUAUCUAUAAAUUGUGUAAACAUAGGCUAUAUUUUGAUUUAAGCUUCACUUUUUUAAUCCCUCCAAAACUGUGUGUAUUUUUAAAUGUCUUGGUUUACAUUUCAAACAUUAGCCAGCACCCAGAGGAAGCAAUGGGUGAAAACCACUUCUGUGUACAUCUGGAGGGGAAUGGGUUAGCUUAUAAGUGGCAGCCCUCCCCCCCCCCCCCCCGCUCCACCUCAGCCUUGUGGGUUGCUGCAUCUCAGAGGGCCCUUCAACUUCUGCAGCAUGCAACAAGGUGUCAGAAGAGGGGAACUAAAAAAUCUAUGUGCCUAUUUGGAAGCCUCGUGUUCAUAUCUCUUGAACCUGGCCGUUGAGAACAGAGCUGCUUGCUGAUUUUAUUUUCAUGCACUGUGGCUACAGUAUUACAAAUAAUUUUUAAGAGUGGGAAGAAAGUUAAUAUCAGCCUCAUUGCUUUGGCUUUGAAAAUGCUAAUGUUUGAAAUGGACAUUUUUUCAAAGGGAUAUAGAAUGCCUAUGAAGCAGGCCUGUUCUAGCAUCCUUAAUUAAGCGUCUUUUCCAUGGAAAGGGAAAGUAAUUUUUAAAUAAAUAAUUAGUAUGUUACCUUGUUAACAUUUUCAGCCCAGUAAUUAGUUCUGCAAAGACGUUCUGUUCCUUAGAGCCUUGCCUUUCUGUAUUUUCCUUUUCUGUAUAAUUCAGUUCUAGAAACUGUACUGUAUCAGAAUGCAAAGCCAGGAUGAAAUAUCCAUCUAUGUAUAGUGAGCAAAGUGUUUGUGCAUAGCACGGAAGACACGUACUGUCUGAAUUUGUAAUAGUUGCAAAGAUUUUGUCGCUGCAUAUUUAGACAUGGAGGCAGGAGUUGCACGUUUCCACUAUGGAUUUUAGAUGCACUGUUAAAACUAUGCCCCUCUUUGUGUUUUACUCCUUCCAUGUUCAGCCAUGCUGUCGUACUUACUAUACCGGUAAAUGCUGUUGCUUUUCGCUAAUGUCUCUUUCCCAGUUCAAUUUAAUCACGAAACUAUUUCAAACAAUGCUAUUGUAGGUCUUCACCAUAACCCUUCAAAAUUAGUUCUGAAAUAACUGCACUUCUGAUAUUUCCCAACUGCAGUAUUGUCAGUGUCGCUCAGAGUGCAAUAAUUGUGAAAGUGAAAUGGUAACGGUCAUUUCACUUACAAUUCAUAUUAUGUGAAGAAGAAACCACUGCACUCCUUGGUCAUGUUCAAGCAAUCACAUCUCAGCUUAGUUGACCAAGAUAAGAACAAAACUUUUGCAUUCAUAUGCAGCCCCAUUGCUCAUCUCUUCACAGUGCAAACAAUCAAACCCAGAAACCUCUAACCAUAAUUUCCUAUUUCAGCCAAACCAGAAAAUUUAUGAGCAAUAGUUUCAGAAGAAAUUGGAAUAUUAAAUCAAGGUUUGAAGUUGAUUUAAUUUCCCGGCUUGUUUCAAAACUGGUAACUGCAGUUUUCCAGUUCUCUUAUUUUAACCAAGAUACGUUUGUCUAAACCAGGCCACCGCCCCAGGAAUGUAUUUUUUGGUCCUAUCAAGGAGAGAUAAAUACUAAUGAGUUUUUUUAAAAAAAUAAAUCAUUAUUUUGAAGGGAAAUAGUCCUAAUUAUGAUGGAUAAAUUCUUCUUGACUGAAGCUGGUUUAAUCACUGAAUUCAAUAUUUUUUUAUCAUAUGUACAUAAAAUGUACUGUAUAUGAGUAAGCGAUAGGCAGAUUCUAAGGUAAUUCUACCUCUAUAAAGUUUGACAUGUAUUUUGUUACUAGCUUAGUUACUAGAAAGAUGUACUAUUUUUGCAAUGUAGAAAUAAUAAACGCUAAUAGAUAAUAAAAGUAAAUUAUGCACAACUUAA